CCCAGAAAGCUCCUCACUCAAGCUGCGCAUGCGCAGUAGUAUCAUAACGACGAUGUUCUGUUUUCAGUAGCAACCGUUACUCUGGACUGAAUAAAGUCGUUUUAAAAGAUAAAUAUGUCCACUCUACUUGAUGAGACAGCAGCAGAUGUGCCAGUCAGAGACAUCACAGUGAACCUGUCCAGACUCGCAGCAGAUUCAUCGCUGUAUCAAAAUGUUCGGACGCGACAGGACAUCUCGCGUGUGUCCAGGGAGGAGCUGGAGGACCGGUUCCUGCGCCUUCAUGAGGAGUCCCUGCUCCUCAAACAGCACAUCCACAAACAGGACGACAAGAUCAAGAAGCUGGGGACUAAGCUGAUGAGGCUGGUGAAGGACCGGGGUCGUAUGGAGCAGCUGGCGGUGGGCGGAGGUCAGCCGUUCUCCAGGGUGCGGGACGUGGAGAUGGAGGAGAUGAUGGAGGAGCUCCAGGAGAAAGUCCGGGGGCUGCAAUCCGAGAACGAGGGGCUGAAACAGCGCCUCCUCUUGACCAAGCAGCAGCUCAUCAACUCUCAGAGCAGGAGGCCGUUGCCGUACGGCCGCGUCCAGUCACGGGUCAACUCAGGGUUAAAGAAGCUGCGAGAUGACGCGUCCUCUCCUUCUCCAACACGACCAAAAAGUACCAGGAGUUCAGAGGGAGGAGGGAGACCUCCGACCGGCCUCUUACCUCGAUUUGGACACAGCCUGCUGGAGGAGACAAGGGCCGAGGUCCGCAACCUAGAGAACGUGAUCGAGCUCCAGCGGAACCACAUGGAGGAGAUGGAGGGAGCGUCAGAGCUGCUGAGGGAGGAGCUGAGGAGGAAGGAGGCCGAAUAUGAGGAGAGACUUCUGCAGGUCCGACAGCAGCAGACCUCCAAACUCAGGUCGCACGUCAGCAGCAACGUGACGAUGAUCAAACUGCAGAAGCAGCUAUCCGACCGGUCCAACGGCGUCACAGAGCUGGAGGGACGAUUUCUACAACUACAAGAGAGUCAGAGGACGCUGAAGGUCAGUCUUGAUGCAGCGAUGCUGAAGGUAGACGAGCUGUCGACUCAGCUGAAAGAAGAGAGGAUGAAGAGUUUGGACCUGGAGAAACGGCAGCAGAGCUCGACCAUAUCCAGGAUGAAAAUGGAGCAGCUGCAAGAGAGGAUCAAUGAGGUGGAGCAGGAGAGAGACUUGCUGAAGGACAACAAUGAAAAACUGGUCAACAGUGCCUUCGACGUGUCUCGACAGCAGAAGUGGCAGAUCCAGGAGCAGCAGCUGAAGCUACAGAUCGCCCAGCUGGAGACGGCGCUGAAGGCCGACCUCGUCGACAAAAAUGAAAUCCUCGACAAGAUCAAGGCUGAGAGAAAUACAAGUGAGAAGCUGUCGGAAGAAAAUAAGAAACUUAAGCUCCAGUUUCUGGAACAGAAGCAGCAGCUGGAGGAACUGAAUGAUCGUCUGAAAUUCUACAGCAGGGAGAACGAGUACGACGUGGCCGAACUCACCGAGGCUCUGCUGCUCAUUAAGAAGCGUAAAUCCCAGAGGAGCGGAGAUCUAGGCUUCCUGAAGGAGGUGGAGGAGGGAGGCAGCAGCAGCACUGAGAGCGCCGUCCGAGAGCUGCAAGCCGCUCACGCUGAAACCAUCCAGGAGCUGGAAAAGACCAGAAACAUCCUCAACAUGGAAAGCAAGAUCAGCAAAGACUACAAGGUGGAGCUGGAAGCUGUGAUGAAGAAGAUGGACGUCAACAAAGUGGAGUUUGAUCAGAAGCUGGAACGACAGGCCACUCUGCUCGACACCAGGGCCGCCAAAAUCAAGAAACUGGAAGCUCAGCUCAGAGACGUCGCCUACGGCACCAAAACCUACGUCUUCAAACCAGACGUCACAGAUGAAGAUGAUGCCGAUGAGUUUGAGGAAACUCUUCACCUCGAACGUGGAGAGAACCUCCUCGAGCUUCAGAUGGUCAGUGCCAUGCUGUCUCCGUCCGCCCUGCAGGCUCUGGGUGACGGCGAACCUUCCACCUUCUGUACCUACACCUUCUAUUUGUUUGAGCUACACUCCACUCCGGUGGCGACGGGCCAGAGGCCAAGGUACGGCUUCACCUCGAAGUACGUGGUGAGCAUGGACGAGCGGUUCCUGGACUACCUCCAACGGUGCUCUGUGAGCGUGGAGCUGCACCAGGCUCUGGGUUUAGACUGGAGGACGCUGGCGACCGGUCAGCUUCGACUGCAGCAACUGUUAGAGCAGGACGGAAAAGUUCAUGGCACCGUGCCGCUGGUCGGUGUGUGUGAUGAGGCUCGGUCCUUCGGCUCCGUGGAUUACUGGUUGAGGUUGAGGAUCCCGAUGACGGAGACCAUCCGUCUGUAUAAAGAGAAGGUGAAGGCCGCGGGCUACAUCAACAUCGCUCUGAACCAAGACACUCAGCUGCGACCACCUGGCGGCGGCGGCGGCGGCGGCGGCUGGAAUGAGCUGUGUAUCACAGUCCAACGCUGCAGAGACCUGAAGAAGUCGAGAAGCUCCCAGCUGCCGAGCCCCUACGUGGUCUACAAGUUCUUUGACUUCCCCGACUACCCGACCGCCACCAUCCACAACAGCUUCAACCCCCAUCUCAACGAACUCAAGUCCUACCCGGUCCCCAUGGACGCAGAUCUGGACCAGUACCUGAAGUCUGAGGUCCUUCAGCUCUACGUGUUUGACUACAAGGAGGAGCAGAUGGACACGUACAUGGGGAAGGCGAGAGUGCCUCUGCUGCCGCUGGCCCAGGACCAGGACCAGGACCAGGGGAUCACUGGUGUGUUUGAGCUGAUUAAUCCCUCUGGACUCCACGCCGGCCACAUUGAAGUGACGCUGAAGUGGAAGUUCUCUUACGUCCCUCCAUCAGCCGCCAUCGUGACUGUUGAAGAGCCCAAGUUCAUCCCAAAGGAGAAAGAAAGCAAGCCGGCAGAAGAGCACAGCGUGGAGGACGAGAAGACAGACAGAGAUGUUGAUGAGAUGCUGCAGGAGGAAGACAAGCAUCUUCUUCAUCACCCCCCCAUCUCACUCCCUGGGGUCUCUGCGUCUAAGGCCCCGCUGCCAAAACUCAGACAGAGGACACUAUUAAAGGACUUACCGACUGCCAAAAAGGUCACGUUUAUAGAUACCUCAACUACAGAUGACGAGGUUUCGCCAGCUCCGGCUGCUCACAGCAGCGCAGUGGAAGAGGAUGAAGAAGAAGAGUCUCACUUCUCUGAAGGUCAGCUGGUCCCGGCCAGCUCUCAGUCUUACUCCGACGACUCGGACAUCUCUGAGGAAAUCAUGGAAGAUGUUGAGGAGGCGCCAGCAGCCAGAGAGGAUCAGAGUGAAUCGACUCAGUCCGACAGCGACGACUGCAUAGUUCAUGGGCAGACCGCGGGGAGGAAGCCGUCGGAGCGAGUUCGGGUGGAGGUGGUGUCUCUGAGCUUGAGGCCGGAGUCUCGGGUGUCUCGGGACGUCAGCGUGGUGCGUCUGUUUGUGGAGUACUCUCUGCUGGAUCUGCCCACAGAGGAAACCCCCCUGUCCCUCCCCAAACCGCCACAGGGCAAGACCAUCAACUACAACUACAGCAAAGUCAUUCCUGUGGACGCAGAGACCAACGGGGCGAGGCGGCAGCUCCUAAGGGGAGUCCUGCAGGGACGAAACCCUCAGAUGGAGAGGAUCCGGUUCACGGUGGUGAGCGAGCCUCCGGAGGAAGAGGAACAGGAGAGGGAGUGUGAGGACGUAGGGGUGGCCUUCCUCAGGAUCCCCGACAUCCUGGAGAGACAACGAGACCUGACCGAGACCAGCUUGAUAGUGUUGGACGUGGACGACAGCAGCGAGGUGGUCGGCAGUCUGACUGUGUCUGUGGAGGGACUGGAGGCUCUGCAGGCCAUCAUGGAGGACCAGCACCAGGACCUGGACCAGGAGAGAACCCCGGUCUCCUCUCUGCUUCCAUCAGCAUGAGGCAACAACACCAACUCAACAUCACCGACACAAAACACUCCAGCAGAGAGAACAAUACUACCAGUGUACUAACGCAGAUAUCAUCUGGAGUACUUUAUACCUUCAGGACUGACGCAGUACUUCGAUAGAGAAACUUUCCUGUCUAUCAAACACUUUAUUCAGAUUUUGCACUGUUGUGUUGUUAUUAAGAAGAUAUUUUACAGAUAUAUUGACAUAUUUUUAAGCAUGAGGGAACUCUGACUGUCACUUUGCUCUGUGAGCACAGAGUUGUUUAUUUGCAGGUCAAAAUAAAUGCGGGUUUAAAACUGUUAAGCUUGGUUGAAAAGUGUAAAUGUUUUCGCCGUGUUAGCAGCGUCCACCACUUUGGUCCACAUCUCAACAACUAUUUUGUACAAAUGUUCACGUUCCCCAGAAGAUGAAUCCUAAUGACUUUAAUGAUCUUCUGAGCUUUUGUCUAGCACCUCAUGAGGUUCAUAUCUGGUUUUGAGUGACAAACAUCUCAACAACUGUUGGAUUGAUGGUUAUGAAAUGUGGUUCAUCAUUCAUGUUCCCCAGAGGAUGAACUGUAAUAACUUUGGUGAUCCUCUGACUUUUCAUCUAGCUCAUAAAGCUGCAAGCUGUAAACUAUAUUCCAACAAGAUUUCAGUGUGUAGUUGGGACUUGUUUCACAUUGAAAUACAGUCAUUAUGUGUAAACUUGAUGCUUAAAAAAAACUUAAUCCAAAUUUUGCCCACAUUUUUUAUCCUGUAAAUCACCAAAUUAAUGCUUAAUAUGAGGUCAAGAUUGUAAAGAAGCUGUGGACAAAUGAAAAAGUGACUUCCUGUCUCAGUCAAGUUGGCAGGUAAACAGCCACCAUGUGGAUGUCUAAUAACAACUGAAUAAAGCCUCCCACGCCAGAGAGGAAGACGAGUCUACUGAGGUACGUUUGAUAAAGCAGCUUGAAAUGUAAAUGAUCUUAUUUAAUAUAUAACUGAACUCAGAAUGUAUCAUGAAGUAAACUGUGUAAAGGUUUGUUGAUAUACGGUACACCAAUGAUCUAUUUAUAAAUGUGAAAAUGAUUUAAAGUUUGUACACUGCAGUUAUUGUGUUUCAGGUCUGUUUAUGUGUUUUUUAGGCAGAAGGGAUUCGUUAGUGAGCCCACAUGUGUUCAUGUAAUAUUGACUAGCUCAGGUGAGCAGCAGGUAGAGGCUCUGGGUUUCUACAGGUGGAUGUGAUGGUGUCAAUGUGUUGCUAUAAUAGAUAUUUUGUUGGUUUGUUGUUUAUAGGAGAGACCGAGAAAGAAGUCUUACAAGCAUGCCUUAAAUUUGAUAUUUCCUGUAUGAUGUUUUGUAUUGUGCUCUAAUAAAGAGUGUUUUUUUCUGUA